AUGUCCCUGUCUGACAUCACAAAUUUCUGUUAUCUGACUCUGGAUCCCAACACGGCACAUCGUAACCUCAUUCUGUCUGAGAAGAACAGAGCAGUGAGAUUCAGUCUGAAUGAGCAGCAGAACUCUGAUCAUCCAGAGAGAUUUCACUCCUGGCUUCAGGUGUUGUGUGAGGAGAGUGUGUGUGGACGCUGUUACUGGGAGGUGGAAUGGAGCAAUGAGGGUGUGGAUAUUUCAGUCUCAUAUAAGGACAUCAGAAGGAAAGGACGGGGUGAUGAGUGUAGGUUUGGACUCAACAAUCAGUCCUGGAGUCUGUGGUGUUCUUCUUCUUCUCUCUGUUUCUUUCACAACAACAUUAAGACUGAUCUCAGAGUUCCAUCACCAUCCAGAAUAGGAGUGUAUGUGGAUCACAGUGCAGGAACUCUAUCCUUCUACAGCGUCUCUGAUACCAUGAAGCUCCUCCACAGAGUCCAAACAACAUUCACUCAGCCUCUAUAUGCUGGAUUUAGACUUCACUACUUAUCAUUUGGUUCUAUAUUUGCUUUGAAAUUGUGUGAUCCAGAAUAAAUUGUAGUGUUUGAGAUAAAAUUCCCGCACGUUGCCAAAUUGUUUCUACUGUUUUUACUAGAAAACAAUCCAGCUGCACAAAAACAAUCUACAAUUUUUAUAAAUAAAUAUCAGUAAUUUUAUAAUAAUUAAAAAAUAAAAUGUUACAAAAUAAUAUAACAGCUCACACAAAU